GUGAUUUUUGCAACAACAAAAAAAAUCGAAGCACAUGCAUGCAGACAUUUGAAGGAUGGCUGCGGUGCUGUUUGAGAGUCUAAGGGUCACGCUGUCUCGGAUGCUGUGCGCUCGCGCUCUGCCCGGUGCGCUCGGUGCGUGCGCGCUCGCGCUCGUAGUGCUCCUCGCUGCGCGUCUCGCGAAGCUGCUGUGGAAACGGAAGCGCUUCUCCUGCUUCAGCUGCCCGCCGCAACGCAACUGGUUUCUGGGACAUAUGGGCAUCAUCCGGUCUGAUGAGGUGGGUCUUCAGGAGGUGGAUGAGCUGAUAAGGACAUACCGUCACUCCUGUGCCUGGUUCCUUGGCCCUUUUUAUAACCUUGUGCGUUUUUUUCACCCUGACUACGUCAAACCUUUGCUUCUUGCUUCUGCCUCAAUUACGUAUAAAGAUGAGCUGUUCUAUGGGUUUAUGAGGCCCUGGCUUGGACAGGGGCUUCUGCUCAGUAAUGGAAAACAGUGGGCUCGUCAGCGUCGGCUUCUCACUCCCGCUUUUCAUUUUGACAUCCUGAAAAACUACAUUAAUAUCUUCAACAGCUCUACCGACACCAUGCAUGAGAAGUGGCGCCGCCUGUUGGCAGAUGGAGAGAAUGAAUUUGACAUGUUUGAGCACGUGAGCUUGAUGACUCUGGACAGCCUCCUGAAAUGCACUUUUAGCUAUGACAGCCACUGCCAAGAGAAAUCCAGUGAGUACAUCUCGGCCAUCUUUGAGCUGAGUGUUUUGGUGGUGAAGAGGCAGCGCUACCUCCCUCAUCACUGGGAAUGGUUGUAUAAGCGAUCUGCAGAAGGACGGCGUUUUCAUCGUGCCUGCGAAAUUGUCCACAACUUCACCGCCAACAUCGUACAGGAACGCCGCUCCCAAAUCCUCCAGAGGGGGCAGACGGAGAGCUCCUCACAAACAGGCACAACAGGCACUACGAGGAGAGCAGUUGACUUUAUAGAAGUGCUGCUUCUGUCGAAGGAUGAGAACGGGGAAAGCCUGUCAAAUGAGGAGAUUAAAGCACAAGCAGACACAUUCAUGUUUGCGGGUCAUGACACAACAGCGAGUGCGAUCUCCUGGGUUCUGUAUAACCUGGCCAUGCACCAGGAGUAUCAAGACCGCUGUCGUUCUGAGAUCAACACUCUUUUGGAAGGCCGUGACACCGAUGAGCUUGUCUGGGAAGACCUCAGUAACCUGACCUUUACCACCAUGUGCAUUAAGGAAAGUUUGAGGCUUCAUCCCCCCGUGUUGGCUUUAACCCGAUACUACUCUCAGGAUAUGAAUGUUCCUGGGGGACGCACCCUACCAGAAGGAGCUAUCUGCCUGAUCAGUGUUUACGGCACCCAUCAUAAUCCAGAUGUGUGGCCUAAUCCAGAGGUGUAUGACCCCAUGAGAUUCGACCCUGACAACCAGAAACAACGCUCCCCGUAUGCUUUUGUUCCCUUUUCUGCUGGACCAAGGAAUUGUAUUGGUCAGAACUUUGCCAUGGCAGAGAUCCGUGUGGUUCUGGCACUCACUCUACGGAGAUUCAGGAUUCUUCCAGGAUCAAAAGCUGCUAGUCGUCUUUACAUGCUCACGAUGAGAGCAGAGGGGGGGCUGUUUCUAUCACUGGAACCCCUGUCACCACCACAAAGCUGAAACACACACACAUAGAUGACUGUAGCCUACUAGCAUUUUACCAUGUCGUACUGUACAACAAGCUUAGUUUAGUAGCAUCUGUACUGGAAGAAUGUUUAUGGUGCCAGAGAUGCAGGUCACUUGUUGAUCAACAAGCAUCCUCAAAAGCUUCCAGACAUCAUUAGAAAUUGUCAGUAAGGAUCAGCAAUCUUUGAUUUGUCUUUACACACUGAUGUGCAUAUUUUUUCAAUUUCCUUUUAAAACUCACCAGCACAAUUCUAGGUAACAGAAUAGGAAACUACUUCAUAUGCAUAAUGUAAUCUGUGCCACAAAUGAUCGAUUCUGCUCUUAUAUAAUGGUCAAAUGUAAAGUACCAGCCAAAUUUUUGGACAUGCCUUUUAAUUCAAUAGGGUUUUUGGACAUGCCUUUUAAUUCAAUAGGGUUUUUGUUUGUUUUAACAGAUUCAUUUUCUUCAUUCUAGAACAAUACUGAAGAAUUUAAAAUUAUGAAAUAACACAUAUGACAACCACAAGAGUAAGUUGUCAUUUUCACACAUGAAAAACAUACAGAUCAGCUUGCAAGAACAGUAUCGCAAAACCCAUCAAGCACCAUGAUAAAAAGAUGAAACUGGCUCUCAUGAAGACCUUCCUAGGAAAGCAAGACCAAAACUUACCUCUGCUGCAGAGGAAAUGUUACCAGCCUUAGAAAUCACCAAUUAACAAACAGCCCCUCAGAUUUGAGCCGUUAUAAAGGAUUUACAGUGCAUAAGUAGCAGAUACAUCUUAAUAUCAACUGUUCAAAGGAUAUUAUUGAAGAUUUUAGAUGACUUCGGUUUUGUCUUUCAAUAUAAAAAGAAAUGAAAAAUUAAAAAAAACAAUGCAAUUAGAAGGUGUGUCCAAAUGUUUGACUGGUAGUGUAUGUAAUGUAUUUUAUGACUAUUUAGGAUUCAAGCCAUGCACUUGUGUUAUAUAAAAAUUAGUGCAUUACAAUAAAAAUACAACAUUCAUACUUUUAUACAUGAUAUACAAAGAUUUUUUAUUCAUAGAUGUACUGUAUGUUAAAUAAUUUUAGAAAUUGAAAAAGAAAUGAUUAUGUUAAGUGACAUGUUUAUUGAACACCUUUAAAUACUUAAAAACAAGGGUCAUUGUCAUUUACACGUCAGACAGUUUGGCAGAUUUAUGAGUAAGGUGACCCACAAAGAGAUUUCAGGUUUUUGUCCUCAUUUCUAUACAAAUGCUUGUUGUAA